CUUGUAUAUUCCAUUCGUUAGUUGACACACAGGCUGUUGAACGUGCUUGAAAUUUUUGUAUGUGCAUAAAAUUGAGAAAAGCUAAAAUUUUCUAAGUGAUUUUCUGAAAUGGCAGCUAAGAAACGCAGUAAAGGAGGCGCCUGCGGCUGUCCACCACCAAAGACCGUACGCUGUGAACCCACCUUCUCGAAAUCUGUUCGGUAUUAUGAAAGAGAUCCGUGCUGUCACGAGCAUUGUCGCAUCUAUGGCGUCCACGAUGAUCCCUAUAUACGACCCUUCGAUCCCAAGGAAUGCGGACGCUCGCGCCGCAAGUUUAUCGACAAAUCCUUGGGCUUUCCGCUGGGCACCAUAUUCGGUUCGACGGCAACAAAGGCGGGCGCACCGAACUCGGAGGCCAUUCGUUAUGCGGGCAAUCUGAAGGCAUUUGCGACCACAUAUUUUACCAGGCGCACCGAAUGGACAACGGAGCUGAUCGAUCAGAUUGUCGUCGAGGGUCAGGUGCUGUUCAGCGACUCGGAGGGCAUGGAUGAGCCCAAUUUCAAUCGAUAUCCGGAGGUAUACGAUGAUACCGAACAGAUGGUAACACGUCAUUUUAAAAUCAAUGAUAUUGAAUUUGCUCUCGAAUUGGAUGCACCCUUCGAGUUGUAUGGAGUUAGCAAUAAAAUAGGCAACUUGCGCCGCAUCUUGACCGCCUUCUUUAAGCGCCACAAGUCGGCCGUAUUCUGGACACCGAAUUGGUAUUUGCUGAUAUGGAAGGAUACGGGAGUUUGGAUGGUGCUCGAUUUGAAUGGACGCGAUAAGGAUACAUUGAAAUCCAAUCAUGAUGGCGGCUAUCCCAUGCUGCUGGCCAUGCGUUCCCUAGACAAUGUCAUACAUCUACUAAAGGAGGAGAGCAAUCUGGAGAAGUCGGACACGUUUAAGCUGCGCGAUAUUUUGGUUAUACGGCUGGUGACACCCGGCGCCGAGGGACGCAGUCAGGAGCGUGAGUUUGGGCCGCGCAUGAGCGAGUUCGAUGUCAUUGCCUCGGAUUAUGGCUACCUAAAGUCGAAUCUGCAUUUGACACUGAAUCCGAAGGAUGCACUGCGUAAUCGCAGCGCCUUGCCCGUGUCUGUGGCCACCGCAUUGGCCUCCAAAAUCGAUCAUCCGGCCACGUGGGAUAUGAAGACCUACGAUAAGGUAAUUUGCUAUGGCGUCAACAUGUGCAAGAACUGUUGGGAACCGUGCACGGACAUUAAUCAGCCCAUGGACUUGGAUACCUUUCCGCGCCAGAUUCGCAUGGGUCAAUUUGUGGCCGAGGUGCUGCUCACACCGAACGUCUACGAGGGCUGGUGGAAAUGUGUGCCCAUGUACAAGUACAAUGAUUUCCAUCUGAUGCUGGAGAAGGCGCUAGAUGAGAACGAUUACAUCAUAUUUCAGAUCAACAAUCAAAUGUACUCGCUGUGGAAGAAGGGCGACUUUAUCUAUCUAAUGGAUCCCUAUCGCCAUCACAUUGUGGGCCGCAUACUCGAGGAGGGCGAAGAUCCGAAGAGCGCCUCGGUGCGCAUGUUUGGCAAUAUGGAUCGCCUGUUGAGCGUCUUUCACCAGGUGCUGCUCGAAUCGAAUCGUUCGGCUAUCUUUCACAUACACACACUGAGAAUACGCAACAUCACCGAAUGCCCACCGGGCACGGCGCCGAUGCUGCUGCCACCUGACCAGGACGUGGAGGUGGCUUCGCUCAACGAGAACAUACGCUUCGAUGAGAACUACGACAAGUGCUUGGAGGAGCUGGGCGCAAUUAGUGAUUACGAAGAGGAUUUGGCAUCCGACAUCGAGCCUAUCGAGGAGGUCAGCUCAUCCGAGGAGAUGGUCGAGGAGGAAGAAGGCGGCGAGGCGGAACCAGGCGAGGCUGGCGAAGAUGAGGACGAAGACGACUAAACACUUAUGGGCUUGUUUAUAUGAUUUUCACAUUUGGAUCAAUAAAUUUAAGUUAAGUUUUUUGGUGGAA